CUCAGAGCUGGUCCAGUCCUUCAGGAGUUUCUUCCACUGUUGUUUGUCCCGGGUGCGAUGGAUGAGCGGUGCGGGCUGCUGGAGCUCAUGUGUUUGCUUUUGCUGGGCUGGACUCUGAUUGUUCGCGGUCAGACAGAAACCGAUCUCCACCUGCUGGAUGAAGAGGAAGCAGAGGAGGUGAAAAAUGCAGAGGAAAAGGUAUCCUGUCCGGAGAAAUGCAGCUGCAGCGGCGAGGGGGCGGUGGAUUGUAAUGGAGUGAGUCUCUCUGAAUUCCCGCAGGAUUUAUCUGAACAGACCCGGCAGCUCUCACUACAGAAUAACCAGAUCAGCGAGGUCACGCUGGAACAUCUGUCCCGUCUUCAGCAGUUGGAGACCCUCAAUCUACAGAACAACCGGCUCACAACACAAGGCCUUGAGGACGAAGGGUUUGAUAUUCUGGAAAGGCUGAGCUAUUUAUACUUGGCCAAUAAUAAACUCACCGCAGCUCCCAGACACCUUCCUCCAUCUUUGGUCAGCGCAGAUUUUGCCGCUAACCAGCUCACCAAAAUCUUCCCCAACACGUUUGGCCAGAAGCCUGCACUAAAGUCAGUGUAUCUCCAUAACAACAAGCUAACGGAUGCCGGUCUGCCAGAGAGCAUGUUUAAUGGAUCAGACAGCCUUGAGAUCCUCAUUAUGUCCAGUAAUUUUCUCCGUUAUGUCCCAAAGUAUCUGCCCACUGCCCUCUACCGCCUACAUCUGAAGAACAACAAGCUGGAGAAGAUUCCCUCAGGGGCAUUUGAUAAUUUAUUCCAUCUUCGAGAACUUUACCUGCAAAACAACUUCCUGAGUAAUGAUGGCAUGGACAACGAGACCUUUAGCCAUUUGAACAGUCUGGAAUAUCUGGAUUUGUCCAAUAACAACUUGUCCACAGUUCCCCUCGGGCUUCCCCGAAAUGUUAUCCUGCUUCACCUAGAGAAGAAUUCAAUCCAGAGCAUUGCAGUAAAUGCUCUGUCACCCAUUCGAAACCUGGAGUACUUACUCCUCCACAACAACCGCCUCCGUUCCCGCUCCAUCCAUCCAGCUGCCUUCCAGGGUCUGAAACGCCUCCACACCGUCCACAUGUACAACAACCUUCUCGAGCGAGUUCCCCGCGGCCUUCCUCGUCGAGCAAAAACCCUCAUGCUGCUCCAUAACCUCAUCAGUGAGAUUGGACGCAACGAUCUGAUCACACUUUACACCCUCACAGAGCUCAACCUCAGUUACAACCGCCUCACAAGCGCCAAGCUCCACCGAGAGGCCUUCAGGAAACUCAGAAUCCUGGAGACCCUGGAUCUGUCAGGAAACAAGUUGCAGGCACUGCCACUGGGUCUUCCCAAAAGUCUCCAAAUCCUGAAGGUAAAGGACAACCAGAUGACAGAGAUACCAGAAGGGGCUCUGCUGGGAAUGACCUCGCUGAGGGAGCUCUACCUGACCAACAACCAGCUCAAGCUCAGCUCCAUCUACCAGGGUGCGUGGCUAGAAAUGAAUGCCCUCAAGACACUGGAUCUCUCUGGUAACAUGCUGUCUCACAUUCCCCCUGACCUACCCGAGUCUCUUGAGUUCCUUCACCUGCAGAACAACAGAAUCAACUCUAUUUCAGAAACAGCCUUCCUCAACACACCCAACAUCAAAGGAAUAUUCCUCAGGUUUAAUCGCCUCUCAGUUAAUUCAGUAUCUGAAGAGACGUUCGCUCAUCUGUCUAAGCUGCGGGUGCUAGACAUUGGUCACGGAAACAUUUCUCCCAACCGAGGCCAAGCCGGAGACAAUAUGGAGGAAGAAGAGGAGGAAUUAACACAAGAGGAAGAGGAGACACAGCCUUGAGUCAGAAACACGUGAAAAACAGUAAAUAAAUAAACAAGUAAUGCCCUGAAUCUCCCUGCACUCUCAAAGAAAUUAAAACAUUUGUAUUGGUAAAUGCACCGUGGCUGCUGACGAGAUUAUUUCCAUUGACUGAUUACAUGCUAGCAAAAUGGUAAAGCUAAUUAUUUACGUAUAAAAGAAACAUGCUAGCUAGCUAAACGCUAAUUCAUGUUAACAACAAUAUGCUAAGCAUGCAACCAACACAACGACAAGCUGAUUCAUGCUAGCAUCUUAAAACAUGGUAAACAUGAAAGCAUAGACGUGUUAGAAUUGUGAUAGCAAUGCUAACGUUAAAAUCUGCUAACAACAUAUUGAUGUUAAAUGAUAGCAGUGAUGUGUUUUAUUAUAGUAGGAUUGAUUAAUACAGUGUUGGAACAUGCUAUUUCUAUUGACUGAUUACAUUUUUACACAUCCCUGUUGAAAAAUCCAGCUUAGACCAGCCUA